GAAAAUGUUCGUCUGUGUUGUUGGGUUUCGAAGGAACGAGGGACUUUGCGAUGAAAUAAUACAUUUUUACCCGUAGAGAAGACCAACGCAAACCACCCAUUUUUACACCGUAGCUAGGUAUACUCCGACUUGGUUGUGAAAUUGUGUUUUCGGGCAACUCCAGCGGGGAAGUUUGUGUGAUCGUUUUUCCCGGAGUGAUGUCGAAUCCUGGGACUCGACGAAACGGGUCCAGCAUCAAAAUCCGUCUGACAGUAUUAUGUGCCAAGAACCUUGCAAAGAAAGACUUCUUUCGCCUGCCAGACCCAUUUGCCAAGGUGGUGGUGGAUGGAUCAGGUCAAUGCCACUCCACAGACACAGUCAAGAGCACAUUGGACCCCAAAUGGAACCAGCACUAUGACCUCUACAUUGGGAAGACAGACUCCAUCACCAUCAGUGUAUGGAACCACAAAAAGAUCCAUAAACGGCAGGGGGCAGGGUUCCUGGGCUGCAUACGACUGCUCUCCAAUGCCAUCAGCAGACUAAAGGACACAGGAUACCAGCGACUGGACCUGUGUAAGCUCAACCCCUCGGACAGUGAUGCAGUGCGGGGACAGAUUGUAGUUAGCUUACAGACACGAGAUCGCAUUGGGAGCGGAGGCCCCGUGGUGGACUGCAGGGGCCUGUUAGAAAAUGAAGGGCCUGUGUUUGAGGGCUGCUUCAGCGAAGAACCUCUGCCGUACUCAGACACCACUGGUGCAGCAGGAGGUGGGAACUGCCGCCUUGACUCACCCAGUCAGGAGAGUCGACUUCAGACACAGCGAAUCAGGGGCCAGGACUCAAGAAGCCAUGGCCACACUCCUCAGAACAGGCCACAUGGGCACCAAUCACCUGAUCUACCUGAGGGAUAUGAGCAACGAACCACAGUACAGGGCCAGGUGUACUUCCUUCACACACAGACAGGAGUCAGUACCUGGCAUGACCCUCGGAUACCCCGGGACCUGACCAGUGUGAGCUGUGAGGAGCUGGGCCCUUUGCCAGUGGGCUGGGAAGUACGAAGCACCGUGUCUGGCAGGAUCUACUUCGUGGACCACAACAACCGAACCACACAGUUCACAGACCCCCGUCUACACACAAUUAUCAGUCAGCACUCUCAGGCGAAAGAGUCCUCCCAGGCCCCCCAGAUGGAAGUGGGGGGCGAUGAGGUUGGAAGUGGUGGAGUGGGAGGAGGAGGAGAGGGGGAUGUGGCGAUUCGUUAUGAACGAGACCUGGUCCACAAGCUGAAGUUGCUCCGCCACGAGCUUUCCCUGCAGCAGCCCCAGGCAGGCCAUUGUCGCAUAGAAGUGUCCCGUGAGGAGAUCUUUGAGGAGUCGUAUCGUCAGAUAAUGAAGAUGAGACCCAAAGACUUGAAGAAACGUCUGAUGGUGAAGUUUAGGGGAGAAGAGGGUCUGGACUAUGGCGGGGUGGCCAGGGAGUGGCUAUACCUGCUGUGUCAUGAGAUGUUGAAUCCCUACUAUGGCCUGUUCCAAUACUCCACAGACAACAUCUACACAUUGCAGAUCAACCCUGACUCCUCCAUCAAUCCUGACCACCUGUCAUAUUUCCACUUUGUGGGCCGUGUGAUGGGCCUGGCGGUGUUCCAUGGCCAUUACAUCAAUGGGAGCUUCACACUACCCUUCUACAAACAGCUGCUGGGCAAACCCAUCCAGCUCAGUGACCUGGAGACCACCGACCCUGAGCUGCACAAAAGCCUCAUCUGGAUACUAGAGAAUGACAUCACAUCAGUCCUAGACCAUACGUUCUGUGUGGAGCACAACGCUUUUGGGAAGUUCCUACAACAUGAGCUCAAACCCAAUGGGCGGAACAUCCCUGUUACUGAAGAAAAUAAGAAGGAAUAUGUCAGACUUUAUGUGAACUGGAGGUUUAUGCGAGGUAUUGAGGCCCAGUUUCUGGCUCUUCAGAAAGGGUUCUGUGAACUCAUCCCCCAGCACCUGCUCAAACCCUUCGACCACAAAGAGCUUGAGUUGAUCAUUGGCGGGCUGGGGAAGAUUGACCUGGCGGACUGGAAGGCCAACACACGCCUUAAGCACUGCACAUGUGACAGCAACGUGGUGCGGUGGUUCUGGCAGGCAGUGGAAGCUUUCAGCGAAGAGAGAAGAGGACGCCUGCUUCAAUUUGUCACAGGCUCUACGAGGGUCCCCUUACAGGGGUUCAAAGCGCUGCAGGGUUCUACAGGUUCUGCAGGACCAAGGCUCUUCACUAUCCAUUUGAUAGAUGCCAACACCGAUAACCUACCCAAGGCACACACAUGCUUUAACAGGAUAGACAUACCCCCGUACGAGUCGUAUGAGAAGCUUUAUGAGAAACUGCUGACCGCUGUUGAGGAGACCUGCGGAUUUGCCGUGGAGUGAUGAAACCACAAACACAUUAAUAUGCACACAAACACUUCAAAACACAAAAGCUUACGCUUACACUUGCACAAAAACCUGAUAGCAUUUUACAAAAACAUACAUACACACCCAGAAUAGAACUACAGGCCAGCCAUACCAGGAUCUCACACACACACACACACUUUAACUUUUGCAACCUCUCUAUUGCCGAACUGUUGGUUAAUGGGGGAGGCUUAGCAAGAGGAACAAAAUACAAAACAAAAAAGAACAAAAGUAUUUUAGAAUUUUUCAGAUGUUUUGAAGAAGCAUUUUUACUCUUCAGUUUUAACAAGCUACGAUGUCCUUCAGAGCACCUACCACAAGGACCUUGAUGUCUCCGAUGAUACUCAAAUCACACACAGUCUCUGGAUGUAAUCAGCCAAUCAUAUAUAAGCGUAUGAGCAGAGACCAUCAAGUCAGAUGUCUGAGCAUCUAGGUGGAGACCGGAUGUCUUUUUUUUUUUCCUGUCUUGACGAGCAGAUUGAUAGACUCAUGUUCAUGCUUCGUGUUUAACCACUGUUGUGUAUCAGAAUGUGUGUUUGCGUGUGAGUGGUUGCAUGUGAGGGCGAAAAAGUGUUAAAUCGUAUUCAUAUCUGUGAGAGGCUGAAUGUGUUACGCAUGUCACCAAGUUAUACUUUGUUUCGUUUUUUUUUAAAAAAAGGAAAAAAAAGAAAAUAACUGAUCAAAUGAGCCUGCACCUCUGUUUUGUUACAUUUUGUCUCUUCCAUUUGUAUCUGCGACCACUUCGAUCCACUCUUGAUACCAAUUGUUAAUGUCUGAUAUUAUUUAUUACUAAGUGAUUACUGACCAUGCUGCUAUAUGCCCUACCAAGAGCCCACACUAAUCUUUUCAUUUAUCUGCCCAUUUGCCCCACCACCACCAAUAGGAUUGCAGGGUCAAUUUACUUGAAAUCCAAACAAGCAGAGCCUCUCGUGGAAGUGGAUUUUCUCAUAAUUCACUUGUUAGGUGUAUUACUACGUGGGAGUUAUGAUUUCCAUAUUGUAUUUAUUGAAUUUGAACCAGAGUAUUAAAGAAUAAUUCUCAUCUAAGAGAUACUCUGCUGGUGUCCUGGAGGUGUCGGAGGGCAUCAUCUUAGUAUCAACCCAUAUGUUUGGGAGAAAGGAAUUGGCGGUUCAACAGUUUGUUUACGUAUGUUAACUAAGCAAUAAAAUUUCAACCUUCUCAGCAAUUUUUUUCUCCUGCAUUUCACAAAUUUUUUGGCCCUGAUGUUUCUUUUCUUCUUCUUUUUUCAUGGCUCUAGGGUUGGGGGAAAGUUGCGUUUAUCUUGUUGUCAUCUUCCUUAAGACCGCCAUGAAUGAACAAAAUCUCUUAACAGUCACUAAGCCUCCACUGAAAUGAAUGAAACUGAAAACUAAAUGUUGAGCAAAUGCCGAGGAAAGCAUUGGGAUGUGUUGUAGAUUGAAAAUGACUGUUAUGCAGUACCAUUACAAUCUACAUUUUUUUAGGUUGUUUAUUGUGUAAUGGAUGCAAGAGUAUUGUAACUUACUAUGUACUAAAACAUUUAUGAAAAAUACAAUGUAAAUAAGAUUAUAUUAAAGAAAACUAAAUUG